GUGUCACUGCUAGCCACCCCAUGCAUUCCAUUUUCCAUUUACUUUUCAAAUCGCCCCAUCCCUCGAAUUCCAUCUUCCUUCUCUCUUCCUUCAUCAAACCUUCGCUAACCUUUAAUUCUUCAUCGCCGUUUUUUCUUAUCGGUUCUCGUUACUUUGAGGCCGAUUUUUAACUUUUCCCGACACUCAUUUACAAACGCUCUUGCUACUCGAUCCGAUUGCCUCUCUUCCGGCCCAUACGUCGCGAACUGAAGGAAAAAGGGGUUUCAGCAUUCCAACAACAAUUUCCGCGUUGAAUAAAAUCAUCGCGUCAUUCUAGUCAUUCAUUACUCUCUGUUCUUUUUACUUGCCGUUUGAUACACAACACAAUGAAGUUUUCCGCUGCCAUUGUCGCUGCGGCGGCCACGGCUGCCAGCGCCAAGCUGGAGCCCAUCACCAUGAAGGGAUCCAAGCUCUUUUACUCCAACGGAACUCAGUUCUUCAUGAAGGGUGUUGCUUACCAACAGGAUACCGCCGCCGCUGGUGAGACCAACGAGAAGGCUACCAAGUACAUCGAUCCUCUCGCCGAUGAGGAUGCUUGCAAGCGUGAUAUCCCUCUCCUCAAGCAGCUCGGUACCAACAUUAUCCGAACUUACGCCAUCAACCCCAAGGCCGACCACAAGGCUUGCAUGAAGUUGCUCGACGAUGCCGGAAUCUACGUCAUCUCUGAUCUUUCUGAGCCCAGUGUCUCUAUCAACCGUGAUGACCCCAAGUGGGAUGUUGAGCUGUACGAGCGCUACAUCGGAGUCGUCGACGAGCUCGGUCAGUACGACAACGUCGUCGGUUUCUUUGCCGGUAACGAGGUCUCCAACAACGUCUCCAACACCCAGGCGUCUGCUUUCGUCAAGGCCGCCGUCCGUGAUACCAAGAAGCACAUCAAGAGCAAGUUCUCCCGCUGGCUCGGUGUCGGUUACGCCUCCAACGACGACGUCGAUAUUCGUGAGCAGAUUGCCGACUACUUCAACUGCGGUGACGACGACUCCCGCAUCGACUACUGGGGUUACAACAUCUACUCUUGGUGCGGUAAGAGCAGCAUGCAGGACUCUGGUUACUCUGACCAGGCCAAGUUCUUCGAGGAUUACUCUGUUCCCGUCUUCUUCGCUGAGUAUGGUUGCAACGAGCCCGAUGGUGCUGCUGGCCGUAUCUUCGAUGAGACUACUGCCCUGUACGAGGAGAAGGUCAUGACCGACGUCUUCAGCGGUGGUAUCGUCUACAUGUACUUCCAGGAGGCCAACGACUACGGUCUCGUCAAGAUCAGCAAGAACGGUGAUGCUGUCAAGCAGAAGGACUUUGCCCAGCUCCAGAAGAAGGCCACCGCCGCUAAGCCUUCCGGUGUUGAGGAGGACAGCUACAAGCCCACUGGCAAGGCCGCCACCUGUCCCGAGCAGUCCAAGAACUGGAAGGCCAACAGCGUCCUCCCCCCCGUCCCCGAUUCCGACCUCUGCGACUGCAUGGUCAAGAGCCGAAGCUGUGUCCCUGCUGAUAACUUGAAGGCUAAGGACUUUAACGACAUCUUUGGUUACAUCUGCGGCCAGGACAAGAAGAUCUGCACUGCCAUCAACGCCAACGCCACUGCCGGUAUCUAUGGUGCCUACAGCAUGUGCUCCAACGACGCCAAGCUUGCUUACAUCCUCGACGCCUACUACACCUCGCAGAAGCAGGCCGCCGAUGCUUGUGACUUCAAGGGCAAGGCCACCACCCAGAAGGCCGAGAGCCAGGACUCUUGCAAGUCUGCUCUCGCCUCCGCCAGCAAGAUCAACGAGGAGGUUGCCACUGCUACCCACGCCGUCGCCUCUUCCUCCACCGGUGGUUCCGACAGCAGCAGCAGCGAGGACGACGAGAACUUUGGUCUCCAGGCUGCCUCCAUCGCCCGCGUCUUCUCCCUCGGUGACUACGCCGUCGGCGCCUACAUGGCCGUCGCCGGUGCUGUCGGUGCCGGUAUGGUCCUUCUGUAAAAUGGAGGUUCUUGGAUGGGCCGAUCUUGGUAUGAUUAAAGUUUCUUGCGGUGGCUUUUUAGGAACGUGCGAUUUUUACUAGUUGUGUUUUUUCCUUUUUGUGUAUCUAGCAUCGCCGGUGUUGCAUGGCUUGUGAUUAGAACGAGAUAGAUGUCUAAUGCCAUCUUGCGCGAUUGCUAUGCCAGUCUGUGAAGUGCUUGGUGAAAAUUAUACAUAUGUAAUGUAAUAGACUACCUUGAUCUUGACUCGGGUGUGAGUAGAUAACUUGAACAUGAAGCGGCUCUUGUCAACUUUUGUGAGUAAGGAGAUGCUAUGAUCUGAAGACUGUAAAAUUUCUGUUACUUGUUUCUAUUAUUCUCAAGACCUACUGUGUUGUAUCAUGGACAAACCCGCAUUUGUACCUUCGAGACUUAGCC